AUGGAUAACGGUCAUCGUCGGAUGGCAAUCGAAGGAAUACUCAACGACCCCGAGGCCAGCUCUGUCCCGGAGCCAAGAGACCCGCCAUCAUCGCCGCCGCCACUUCGAUGUGAUUCUGAUAUGGCGCCCCCACUGGCCAGAGAGGGGCAAGAUAAUGACCAGAGCGGCCGCUCCGGUGUACCUCACCGCCAACAGUCCGAUGAUGUCAACGAAGUCGGUUGUGGUCGUCUCAGUCACGGUGUUGCCUGGCCUGUCUCGACCAGCGCUCAUCACUCGUCCCUAGGUGAUAAUCGUCGAGAUACUUUGCGAUCGACGAGCACUGACAGUGCCGGCGAGCGAGGAGCCUUAGCUCUCAUGUCAAUGAGUGAUGUGUCCACCAUCACCAUCUCACUGCGACAGACCGGGUUGACUCUCCGCCUACUGAAUGGGGACCAAUUCAUUCCUCAACCAGAGACUCAAGCAUCCCUGCUCAGGGUCCUAGUGCUGGCAUUGCCGCUCUAUGCCGAUGAGCUUCUAGCAUUGAAUCGUGUGAACCUCGCCACCAGGACUCAGAUGAGCGGCCCUAUUGGAGCGUUCUCGCCAUCGCUUAAUGGAGCAAGGAACUCCGCCGGUCGGGCCAGUGGUCGUUCGGAUGUCACUGAGUGCGAUGCUGACCUUCCACAACUUCAUGACCUCACAUCAGGUGGCUACUUUGGUUCCGUCGACCAGACCGGAUCGUCAACAAACGCCGUCGACCAGAUGUCAGCCACGUCUCAUCGAAAUGCCUCCUAUCGACCAGGUCACCACCUCACCAGUGGCUUGGCAUUCACUCCUAUCAACCCCACCGGCACUAGUGGAUCAACUUUCACUCCUAUCAACCGGAGCCGAGACGAUACUGAAGAUGAGGAUAAUCAGCCGAGCCCUGUCUUGCCCGUUGUCCGCCGCAAUAUUACGGCGAUCCGCAACCCGCGGACUAAUCUUCAUCCCGCCGACCUUGAUGAACUCUUGCCAUCGUGCAUCAGCUUGCACACUGGUUAUGAUCCUUCUCCACGGGGCGCGGACACCUUCCCUCCUGGCUCGCGCGAGGCAAUCAGGUACCACAAUUACCGGUUCUUUUGCGAUCAUCCGGACAACGACGAGAAUACGCCGUGCGACAUCCAGCUUCGCGACCACAACUACGACAUUGAGAGGACUUGUGUUGCCGAUUGCUUUGGGCGCAACAAGGUGGAGACAAAGGCCAUUCCCCGAAAGCUUCGGUACUGCCGCAAGCACUACCAGAAAGUGUCUUACCGGAAGGGACGUUGGUUAAAACACCGUGUCGAGAUGGUCAAGCGACAGAUUGAGAUGCUCCAUUAUGACCGUCCGACCAUUCGCUUCCGCGUGCAGCUUCGUUCCACCAAGCUUCGUGAGUUGGAACGUGUUUAUGCCAACCUUCAGGCGAUUCAUGCCCGCCUUGGUGACAUUCGUCAAGCGAUCAUGGACGAAACCUUCGUCCCGCUCAUUGAUGAUUUCCUCAUCAAUGACCAGAAGUGCACCCUCCUUCUGAACUCCGAGGCCCGCGAAGAAGCAUUCACAACUAUGAAAGACCACUACGCGAACUUUCUGAUAAACGAAUAUCACACGACCGAACAUGUGCACCCUGACACGUGCCUCAUGAUCUGCAAUCUCAUCGCCCGGAUGAUCAAGUGCCGAAUCCUUAAGGCAUUUGAUGGAGUUGAAUUUCUUCCAGAACUCGAUGCACAACUCAACCGCAUCCAUCGUCCUCGCACCACCCACAGAACUCGAAGCCAAUGGGACCCAUCGAGCCAAGCCGGACCCUCAAGUGAUAGCACCGCUGAUCCUGCAUCAAGCAAUGGCAAUGACUCCCCCCAAGCCUCUGGGUCAUUUAGUGUCCUCCCGUCUUCUCACGCUGGCCAAUCCUCCCCCCUCGGUCGCCUCAAUCUCAGUUCCUCUCCGUCCGCCCUUCGUGAGCAGUCCUCUGCAUCUGACGCGACUCCAAAUCACCCUCGCAAGCGCCGACAGUACGGCAUGGUUGCUGUUGCGCCUAAGGACUCGAAGUACCCGGGCUAUGAUACGGAAAAUGACCCAUAUGAAACGGAUUCGGCGGUCGACCCUGAUGAGACUGAGUGGGAGCAGAAACCCGAGAUUGAGAAGCCGGUGCAGCAGAUCAAGCGCGUGAAGCUCACGCACAAGGCUGCUGGCAAGUUCUAG